AUUCCUUGCACUUUAUCCUGAUCCUCUCUCUCCAAGGGGAGUGAAGUGGGCUCGGUCUGCCAGGACAAGCCCCCUCUAGCCCAGCCACCAAUAGCAAUCAGGGAAGCCGAGGGAAGGUGCUAAAAUCUGGCAAAACGUGAAUGGGAAAUAGGAGCACAGUUUGUAUCUGCUGAGACUGGGGAGAGAAGAAGCUGCACAUCCAGGUCACCAAGAAGAAGAGGAGAUCCCACUACAUCGACUGCAAGUGGCAAGGUCCCGCCAAACAGACAGGAGCAAGGAUCUGACAAUACAGACAGACAGGAAAGUCUCCAUUUCUGCAUUUGGGAAGAAUCCCAACCACGGAAGGAGAAAGUCCCCAGAAAGCAGAAAGUGUCAGCUGCGCGUGCAAGUCACCCAGAAAGGAGAGAGAGAGAGAGAGAGAGAGAGAGAGAAAAGAGGGGAAGCAAAAUCAGACCCCCAGUAACCAGUAAGGAAGCAGCACAGCCAGGUCACUGCAAGGGGCAAAGUGAUUCCUUCAGAGGAGAGAAUCCCCGUAUAGAGAGGCUGUGUACUCAGGUCACCAGUGAGAAACGGGCAAUAGAGAGACCCCCAUUAUACAGAGAGACACUCAUAAAAGCCUGGAGCUCACAAAGCUGUCACCAAAGAAUCCCAGCACAAGACAAACCAGAAAGCAGUGGGGGAUUCUCCUUCGCCUAAUGAAGGUUUAGUUUGUGACCCAUACACAGCACUGCAUUGUAUAUCUGACUUUGGCAUCCAUCACCCGAUUCUGCCCAAAUCGCUGGCACUCUAUCAAUGGUCACUGUGACAGACUGCGACUCUGGUGCCUUCUGAGGGCUGUUCUAGUUGUUUGUGCCCAACUUUGGGAAGAUUUUCUUAGGCUUCAUUUGACUCCCAGUAGCUUAUAUGAGUGCAGCCUUUCAGCCCCCUCUCAUGAUGAUGCAGCGUCCCCUGGGCAGCAGUACAGCCUUUAGUAUAGACUCACUGAUAGGGAACCCACCACAGCCCAGCCCUGGACAUUUUGUAUACACUGGAUACCCCAUGUUCAUGCCUUACCGGCCUGUGGUCUUGCCCCCUCCACCACCCCCUCCUCCAUCUCUGUCUCAAGCCACUCUGCAGUCAACUCUCCCUUCAGCGCACCACCACCACCAGAUUCCCAGCUUGCCCGGUGGAUUCUGUUCUAGCCUUGCCCAGGGCAUGGCACUCACCUCUACUCUCAUGGCUACUCUGCCAGGGGGAUUCUCAGCCUCCACCCAGCACCAGGAGGCAGCCAGAAAGUUUGGAGCCCAAAGUCUCCAUGGGGCCUUCGAAAAAAGUGAUGGGAGUCAGUCAGAGGGAGAAGAAGGAAACAAGACCUACAUAACCAAAGAGGGCACCUUGCUGCCUUUCUCUGCUUCUGAAGCUUCUCUAGGUCCAGUCCGUGGGCAGGGGAAAGAGGAGUCUGGGAAGGAAGCAGAAGGAAAGGGCAAGGAGGAUUCCUACCUGAUGGACAGUGACCUGGACUACAGUUCAGAUGACAAUAUCUCCUGCCAAACUGCCCACAAAGAGGAGGACACCCCAGAGGAAAGCCCCCAAAACUCAAACACUUCUAAUAACAGCAACACCAGCUCCACAGGGAAGAACCGGCGGAGGAGAACUGCCUUCACCAGUGAACAACUGCUGGAGCUAGAGAAAGAGUUCCACUGCAAGAAGUACCUGUCCCUGACAGAGAGAUCCCAGAUCGCACAUGCGCUCAAACUCAGCGAGGUCCAGGUCAAAAUAUGGUUCCAGAACCGCAGAGCCAAGUGGAAGAGGGUCAAGGCUGGCAAUGCGAACUCCAAAACUGGGGAACCCUCUAGAAACCCCAAAAUUGUUGUGCCCAUCCCAGUCCAUGUCAGUAGGUUUGCCAUACGGAGCCAACACCAGCAGCUGGAGCAAGCAAGACCUUGAAAUGGUCAAUGAACAACAGAAAUCCAUUUUGUGGCCCUCCAGUUGUUAAUCUACAUCUACCACACAAUUAGAGGGUGGUGGAAUUUGUAGCUUUACAACAGUAAUAGGGCCAUAAUAUGGUCAUCCCUGGACAAUAAACAGAUUAGCCAUGGGUCAGACAAUGGAGGUUGUUGGAUGCCAAUAACCAAUUCCCUACUAGACUUUCCAGAAUGACCCCAGUCCUGGUUAUGUUAAGAAGAAGGGGUGAUGUUUGCACUUGGGGAGGCAAAAAGGUUAAUUCUUCAGGAACUUAAUUUUAAGUGGUGGCAGGCAGAACCCCUCAUAGCCAUCUUAAUUCUAAUAUUGUGGACUUGAUACGGACAAAAGUCUAGUAAAACCCAAAACUGACCACAGAGUUGUGUUGCCUGCUAUGAAAAGUGCUGUGGGAGCAAAGUUAAUUCCAUAAGAUGGGGGGUACAUUCGGAAAAGAUGAUAACAUCACCCCUUGGGGUACAAUACCCUUGAACAAACUGAACUUGUUUUUCUAAACUCUCCCAGAGCCUCAGAUUAUGUUGUGGUUAAUUUAUUCUGUGUUGCUUAUUUCUUAUAUGUUAUAAAACUUAAAAAAACUCAGUCUUGUGAAAUCUAAUCAUGUCUCUAAUAAAUAAUUCCUUGCGGCCA